AUGCGCAGUGAGGAGGCAGCAGGGGACGACGGCAUCUACAUCCGGUGCCGGACCGCUAGACAGUCUGUACUCGCUGGAAACGACCGCCGCGAUGCUGCCGCUGAUGCUCAAGAGGAAAACGCAGAAACACAACGGCGAGUGCGACGACGAGAAAGGAAAGCAAGGAGCUCUGCAGCAGCAACGACAACGACAGCAACAGCUCGGGACCUCCGACGACGCUUCCGCGGUGGCGACUACGAACUGCGCGGGCGGCCCGAGGUGCGAGGGUGCGGUGGGGUGGAGGAGUCCCUCCCGAGUGGGCCGAGCGGGGGGCAGGCGUACGGCAGGACGUUGCUCCACUCCGACAUCUACUACGACCACUGCGACCGGCGGCGAAGGACCCCCAGCCCCGUGGGGUCCGGGGAGUGGGCUCUGCGAGAGUGCGAGGCCUUUACGACAUGGGUGAAUGACAUCCGCCGUCAUCAGGGACUCCCACCAAUCGACGACCUCCGUGUAGCCGUAGCUGAUGGCACAACAGUAGUCAACCUCACUGAAGUUGUUACCAACAGCAAAGUCACAUCCGUGGAGCACGAAGGUCACCUGUCCAGACCUCAGGCCUUGGUCAACCUUGACCGUUGUCUAGCUCACCUGGCGGCCCAUGGUGUUGACGUCAUCGGAAUACAAGCAAGUGAUCUGGCCCAGGGCGACCUGAAGGCGUCGCUGCAGCUUCUAGGGCAACUCCGAAGACAAUAUGAUGGCCUGAGACUGUCCCCGGGGGGUCGCACUAAAGGUGACGGGGACCAAGCAGCAGCGUUGAAGGAACCGACCGUGACCUGGAGGUCGCCGUCCCCGUGUAGGUUAGACAACUCACUCGUCAUGCCUGGCCGCGUGGCCACCUCCCCCCAGCUGCACCGUCCGGUGCCGGUACAUAUGAGAGAUACGUCACUGCCCGUGCAGAAUAGGAGCGUCACAGCCCUAGACGCGAGCCGUGUGGUGCCUGGGAUGAUGUCCACAGAGGGACCGAUGUACAGGCCACAGCCGACCUUCACUGACCACUCGGCCACGCUGAACAAAGAUCGCAACGUUUACGGUCACAUUCACAGACAAGACGAGAGAUCACUUCACGACAACGACACUCACCUGGCGACAGGUAAAACUGCUUCCGGUCCGCGCCCUUCGUCUAACCCAACAGGCGCGUCGUCAGGCGUGCCACCAGAGAGACCGCCGACCACCCUGGGGGUAGCAUGGGCUGCAGGACCGACUGUGAAACAGGUACCCGAGUGUGAGAGCACCCCUUGCCGCCAUGACACGUGUACCGCUAGACACACGGACAUGGAGAGUGUAGAGAGGGACAUGCAGGACCUGGGUGUCCACUCCGCUUGGGAUGUGGUGGGACACUAUGUCUGACUUACUGUCCGCCAUCUACUGGUGUGAAGAAGCCACAGAAAGAGUUCAAGGGUCAGAACAGGUUGACCUGAACUUUCUGUGUGUGAUGUAACGAGCGUGAACCGAGAACGAUGAGGCUUGGUCUGGAGCUUUUACUUGGUGAUUACAGACUUGUAGAGCU